CUUCUUCGUCUCAUCGAUUUUACAAAUUCUACAACGAACUUUCGAGUCAAAGAAAAAAGAGAGAAAAAAAAGACGAAAACGAAAAAUCGGUAUCUUCGGUUGGGCGAGGGUUGGCGCGCGUUUUCCACACCUUUCGAUUCUCGGUUUGUCUCCGGGAAGCCACGUAACCGAUCCCGUUGUAAAUCGCGCGCCGUCUGUCCAAGGACAGAAGGCGGUGUUAGCGAGGCGCCUGAAACCGUCACAAUCGUCGGGGUUUUAUCACCUCAAAGAUAUCUUUCGACCGAUCGAUUCUACGGUCGCGUUACCAACGCCGUACCGCUAUACGAGGCGUGGUGUAGAAACGGAAUGGGCUCUCUCGGUUUGACGCGGGUAAAACGAAACCCCUGCGGGCUCUCUCGUUUCUGGAAUUCCCAAAUCUCUUUCGCUCUCGGUCUCCCGUUCAUCUGGAUUCUGUGGCUCGCACGGGAAGUGGGACCGCAAACUCCAAUCUGGGCGUUUCUUAACUUCUGCCCAGAGGAACCACCAUAUAAUAAAAGUAUAAAAGCACCGUGUUCGGUCAGCGUCGAGGAACAGCAACAGCAACAGCAGCAGCAGCAGCAGCAGCAGCAGAACCAGAAGCAACGGCAACAGCCCGAGGCCUGCAAACCCCGUUCCGUACUGACCACGUGACCUUUGCAUACGGACGUUCAAUGACCUAUGAACUUUGCCCCGCGGGGCUGAAAACCCCACUAAAUAGAUGCGGUUGGGAAGCUGACGUGCACGUUCGACUAUCGAAUGGAUGCAAGGAAGAUUGGAAAAAUUUUGGAUUUUUCUUUUUUUCCUCCUUCUUCCAAGAGGCUAUGGAGCAAAUGACAGUGAACGAGAAAACCGUAUUCGCACCCACGUGAAUAAAUUUGAAAUUUUUCAAUAAUCUUUACGAUGAUAUCAUGAAUAUAUUCAUUCGAAUGAAAUAUACCAUUGGUUAGAGAUGUUUUUUCUUACGGUAAAGAAAAAAUAUAGCGUUGUCAGAUUUACGUUUGAUUUAAAUUUGGUCUAAGAUGAAGUAGAAAAAACAACGUCGUUGUGGAUUUGCAAAAAUAUUCGAAAGAUGUUAAGCCAUAUUCGCUGAAAUAUUACGUCCGCAUUCGUAUGUAGGUAUAAAUAUAUAAAUGUAAUAAAUAAUUUAAGUCUCGUUUCCCAUGAGAUAUUGAAU